AUGGCAGAAUGGAGAGGCAACAAGGACAAGACGGGCAACGGGGCAGAGCUCUUCUACCGGCUGGCAGCGGCAUAUGCCCCAGACCUGGACGCCAUGAAGAGCAGGGCGGUCGACAACGUGAUUCUCUUCGAGAUGGCGACCAUCGACGUACCCCUCGAGCUGGCGCGCUUCAACAAGCUGUGCGCGCAGGCCAAGGCGCUCGGCCAGGAGGUGAACGAUCUCAUUAAGGUCAACAUCAUGAAGAAAGCCAUCUGCAAGACGUUCAGCAAGACAGCCCUCGAGGACUUCAUCAAGUACCUCUACGGCUCGCCAGCACUCCGCGACUGGCAGCAGUUCCAGCAGCGCCUGCAAGACUACGCCGACGACCACAACAUGGAGAGCGGCAACAUCUCCAUGUCGGCCAGCGUCAAAUCGUGGAGCACCGGCAACACAGGCGGCAGAGGCAACGGCAGAGGCCGAGGCAACGGCAGGGGCAUCAGUCGCGGCAGGGGUGGUUACGGCAGAGGGGGCUUCGUCGGCGGUGACGGCCAGGCGGACAACAGCAAGCCCCUCACGCCCCUCCUCUGCGACUACUGCCAGAAGACGCACAAGGGCGGCUGGAAGCACUGCUGGGUGCUCAAGUCGGAUGAGGAGCGCAACCGGGUCCAGUGGCCGAAUGGAUGGGUGCCCCCAGGAUAUCGCAGUCGAGGUGGCCGCGGCGGCUAUCAGCCGUCGAGACGGGGCAGAGGUGCCUCCCGCGGCAGAGGGGGCGGAGGUCGCUCGUACCACACCAACGCGACAUUCGAGGACGAGGCCUCGCCGGUCUUCGAGGAGUCGUACGUCAUUUAG